GGGCUGGUAGCCUGAACUUGAACAGUGGCUGGUGCACAGCGAGUCACGACGACAUCCCGCCCGUGCCAUAGAGCUAGAGUGUAAUUUGGUCAAGGCUAUUCUUAUCAACUUGAUACAUUAAGUUAGAUUCCGAUCAGGAGAGUGGAUACACCGACAGAACCUUGACUGGUGUAAUUAAACAGAAUGUCCAGACGCAAACAAGGCAGCCGACCGCAACACCUGAGUGCAAUUCAAGGUAAAUUGAGAGAGGCUAUGGCCAUAGUUUACUAUUAGGAGGUAGCCUAUAUGCAUGUUAUGUAUUUCAUAUACGAUGUAUUAAUGUUAAACUUUGUUUUUGUGGGGUUGUAUCAGUCAGGUUAUGUGGGUAUGCGCACCUUGACAUUGAAGUUGAAUCAUUGAUAAAAGUUUAUCUUUUUUUUUUUUAAAGAGCUGAUAUAUGUAGGCUACACUCAGGUUUGCAACAAAUACAGUUACAAUCAAUGACGUGUUCAUAGGCUACACAUAAAUGGUCGGUUUAAGCAUAGGUAAUCAAUAUACACAUUUUUGCUCUGGGGGGGACACUGCUUUAUUCCUUGCUGGCCCCGUAUAUUUUUUUUCUAGUUUUUCUUUCUGUCUUGUCUGUGAAGCCUGUUUGAAUUAUCACCUCUUUUGCCAACAUGAGCGCUUCCUUGUGGGGCAGACCGCGUGCUCUAGACUCUGUACCCGUGUGACAAGACGAGAGAGAGGAGAUGAUAUAGUCUGCCCUCACAACAACUCCACUGACCUCUUCCACUUAUCAGUUUCAUCCAAAUAUAUCCUAGAGACCCCAUUCACUUAACUUGGGAAUAGGCAUAUGUAGGCCAUCAUAAAGAUCUAUAGUUUUAUAUCAAAAUGAUACAGGCUCUGGUUAAGGCACGGGUUAUUUGAUGAGAUCGCUUUUCUUCUCCCGGGCACUGUGGGCAGGCGUUUACAAAAACACUGAAAUGCUCUGAAACAACAUGUCUCUUUCUCUGUUUCCCCAACGAAGACCAGUAGAGCGUGCCUAGUUUGACCACAAGCCUUGACUCUUCAUAGUGUGCGUGCAACCGCGCCUAGCUUGUCUGCACAAACAGCGAGCAGCAGCACUGAAACAGGAAAGGUUACAUUUUUUAGUAACCACCGGUGAGCUCCUCAGCGCGACUGUACUGUCUGUACCUGUCCUGUACUCGGCCUAGUCCGGGCAGGUGAAGCCCGUCAAAGCGUUAAGGUGUGUACAUGACCGUAUUGACUCACUCCCUCCCUCAACUCUCACAAGUCGAUAAAAGAGUGGUGAGGACCAGUCAAACAACGUCUGGAACAAGUCAAACCUGACCAACGGUCAUUAACCAUCCUUGCCUUAGCUGAGUCUACAUGGGUCAUAAAUGAGUCAUGGACAUUUUCUUUUGUAGCCUACGUUUAUGGCUCUGAUGAGAUAGACAGAAAUUGGACUUGAAUCUGAAACUAGACUACAUCCCUGAGAGGUGCUAAAAUGUAAACCACACAUUUCAUUUUAGUAAUCUCAUGUAAGACUCAUAACUCUCUUUAGUGAUAAUGGUUAAUUUGGCCUCAAGCCCUGAGUGACUCAGAACAUCUUCAAGUCAUGGCCACUCACUUUCUUACUGAAAAAUGGGUCAGUUCCUUGCCUAGUUGCACUCACUUGAGUUGUUGAUGAUGAUUGAGAAUGUGUGUUGACAGGUGUGAACGUUUUUUUUCUCCAGGCCUUGGGAAUUGUAUAAUUUAAAAAUAUACAGUACCAGUCCAAAGUUUGGACACACCUACUCAUUCAAGGGUUUUUCUUUAUUGUUACAAUUUUCUACAUUGUAGAAUAAUAGUGAAGACAUCAAAACUAUGAAAUAACACAUAUGGAAUCAUGUAGUAACCAAAAAAGUGUUAAACAAAUCAAAAUAUGUUUGAGAUUCUUCAAAGUAGCCACCCUUUGCCUUGAUGACAGCUUUGCACACUCUUGGCAUUCUCUCAACCAGCUUCAUGAGGAAUGCUUUUCCAACAGUCUUGAAGGAGUUCCCACAUAUACUGAGCACUUGUUGGCUGCUUUUCCUUCACUCUGCGGUCCAACUCAUCCCAAACCAUCUCAAUUGGGUUGAGGUCGGGGGAUUGUGAAGGCCAGGUCAUCUGAUGCAGCACUCCAUCACUCUCCUUCUUGGUCAAAUAGCCCUUACACAGCCUGGAGGUGUGUUUUGGGUCAUUGUCCUGUUGAAAAACAAAUGAUAGUCCCACUCAUCCCAAACCAGAUGGGAUGGCGUAUCGCUGCAGAAUGCUGUGGUUGCCAUUCUGGUUAAGUGUGCCAUGAAUUCUAAAUAAAUCACAGACAGUGUCACCAGCAAAGCACCAUCACACCCCCUCCUCCAUGCUUUAUGGUGGGAACCACACAUGCAGAGAUCAUCCGUUCACCUACUCUGCAUCUUACAAAGACACAGUGGUUGGAACCAAAGAUCUCAAAUUUGGACUCAUCAGACCAAAGGACAGAUUUCCACCGGUCUAAUGUCCAUUGCUCGUGUUUCUUGGCCCAAGCAAGUCUCUUCUUCUUAUUGGUGUCCUUUAGUAGUAGUUUAUUUGCAGCAAUUCGACCAUGAAGGCCUGAUUCACGCAGUGUCCUCUGAACAGUUGAUGUUGAGAUGUGUCUGUUACUUGAAUUUUGAAACAUUUAUUUGGGCUGCAAUCUGAGGUGCAGUUAACUCUAAUGAACUUAUCCUCUGCAGCAGAGGUAACUCUGGGUCUUACUUUCCUGUGGCAGUCCUCAUGAGAGCGAGUUUCAUCAUAGCGCUUGUUGGUUUUUGCAACUGCACUUGAAGAAACGUUCAAAGUUCUUGAAAUGUUCCGUAUUGACUGACCUUCAUGUCUUAAAGUAAUGAUGGACUGUCGUUUCUCUUUGCUUAUUUGAGCUGUUCUUGCCAUAAUAUGGACUUGGUCUUUUACCAAAUAGGGCUUUUGUAUACUUUUGUAUCUUUUGUAUACCCCCCCUACCGUGUCACAACACAACUGAUUAGCUCAAACGCAUUAAGAAGGAAAGAAAUUCCACAAAUUAACUUUUAACAAGGCACACUUGUUAAUUGAAAUGCAUUCCAGGUGACUAGCUCAUGAAGCUGGUUGAGAGAAGUCAUCAAGGCAAAGGGUGGCUACUUUGAAGAAUCUCAAAUAUGAGAUAUAUUUUGAUUUGUUUAAAACAUUUUGGUUACUACAUGAUUCCAUAUGUGUUAUUUAAUAGUUUUGAUGUCUUCACUAUUAUUCUACAAUGUAGAAAAUAGUAAAAGUAAAGAAAAACCCUUGAAUGAGUAGGUGUAUCCAAACUUUUGGCUGGUACUGUAAUAUUUUUUACUCACAACACCAAUAGAGACAGGAAGCAAUGAUGUCAGUGAAUACAUGCCACUGUGCAGCCUGCCAUCUCAGUGAAAGGAGCUGUCAAAGGGUUAGUUAGGGGGAAUUGGUCAGUAUCGGCAGACCGGAAUAGCCUGACUCCCUCUAUAGCUCUGGUGGAGGGGCUCAGCAUCAAAAGUAGCAUAAAAAAAAAACUGGGAGGGGUAAUUUUCUCUGAGGGCCAUAUCAGCAGUUGCCCAAUCAUCAUGGUGUCUGACCACCUACUGUCUCCCUGUUGUUGUAAGAUCUUACAGAAUGACAUGAAGGAAAGAAUAUACAAGUUCUUAAUAAUUGCUAUUUUCUUAAAUGUUCCUUUUGACUUUCUCCAUCUUCCUCUCUCUGUCUUUGCCACCUUUCCCGUAUCACUCCCCUGCCCUAAUUUCUUUCUCACUUUCCCCCACUUCUUUCUCUAACACUCCCUAACUCGUCUCUCUCAGAUGCCCCUGAGCCCUCGGAUGCUGCCGCUCCUUCAUCAUUGGAGGAGUGGGGGUCCCUUCCCCAGGUCAGGGGUCGUGAGGAGGGUCGUGACCUGCUGACCUGUGGGCAGUGCAGCCAGGCCUUCCCUCUCGCCCACAUCCUGGCCUUCAUCCAGCACAAACAGGGAGCCUGCCGCUCCCGAAAUCAUGCCCCCAACACUCACACACCUCCUUCCCCAGCCAAACGGACACAGCGACGCGGUGCUGUCACUCAGGUAGAGGCUGGGUUCGUGGAGCUGAGGAGAGUGACGGACAGGUCCAGAGGGGAGGAGCAUAGUGUGAAGGUGGAGCCUAACAGAACAGGUGAGUGCCUGCAGGUUCCUAAUUAGAGACUUUUUUUUUUCUGGCUUUUGUUAUCUUCUCCCCCGCUACUUCUAACAACUGUCCCCCCCCCAGUCCAGCUCAUUAGCUGGGCGUUGCUGUGCUGCGGAGGCCUCUGUGAGUUAGUGACGCGCUGGGUAAUUGUGUGGAAAGGAUAGGCAGCAGUGUUUUGAGGCCCCAGGGGGCCCCUGAGGGCUCCAAUGCACCUGAGCUCCCCUCCAUCUCCUUGACUCUGUCUCUCUCAGGUGAAGUGGCCAGGUAAACACGUAGGGCAGGGCACAGUGCUCUCUGGCCACGUAAUAACAUGGCCUGCACUCACUGGAGGAUUGGCUGUGCUGAGCUGAGGGGGACAAUGAGAUGGGGUCACAACCGGGUGGUCAUACUUAAUUACAAAAUGUUUAAAAGGAUAAUGUCACCAUCGUUCUGGUGUGUUUGCAUGGCUUCUGAGUGCAGGUGUAUGUUGUCCAUCAGAUGGGCAUCCCAAUCAUCUGCAUUUUGAAAGUAGAUAGUUCAGUGAUACUUUCUCCCCUUGUCUCCUCACCCUCAUCUUUACUGAGCUGAGAACAGGUGUGAGAAAGGAAUGUGCUUUCAUCGGUCCAGAGAUGGGAGGAAUGGAGACAAGUGAAGAACACCAACUUAUGACUAUUGAGAUGCACCCAUGGUUUCCUUCCUUGUCUCUCCUACCUAAGAAGCUUUCUACUGGGCAUCUGAAGCAGAACUACAGUGCCUUGCAAAAGUAUUCAUCCCCCUUGGCGUUUUAACUAUUUUGUUGCAUUACAAACUGUAAUUUAAAUUGAUUUUUAUUUUUAUUUCAUGUAAUGGACAUACACAAAAUAGUCAAAAUUGGUGAAGUGAAAUUUAAAAAAUAACUUGUUUACAAAAAUUCUAAAAAAUAAAUGGUGGAAAAAUGGUGCGUGCAUAUGUAUUCACCCCCUUUGCUAUGAAGCCCUUAAAUAAGAUCUGGUGCAACCAAUUACCUUCAGAAGUCACAUAAUUAGUUAAAGUCCACCUGUGUGCAAUUUAAGUGUCACAUGAUCUCAGUAUAUAUACACCUGUUCUGAAAGGCCCCAGAGUCUGCAACACCACUAAGCAAGGGGCACCACCAAGCAAGCGGCACCAUGAAGACCAAGGAGCUCUCCAAACAGGUCAGGGACAAAGUUGUAGAGAAGUACAGAUCAGGGUUGGGUUAUUAAAAAAUAUCAGAAACUUUGAACAUCCCACGGAGCACCAUUUUUAAAUCCAUUAUUAAAAAAUGGAAAGAAUAUGGCACCACAACAAACCUGCCAAGAGCCAACCAAAACUCACGGACCAGGCAAGGAGGGCAUUAAUCAGAGAGGCAACAAAGAGACCAAAGAUAUCCCUGAAGGAGCUGCAAAGCUCCACAGCGGAGAUUGGAGUAUCUGUCCAUAGGACCACUUUAAGCCGUACACUCCACAGAGCUGGGCUUUACGGUAGAGUGGCCAGAAAAAAGCCAUUGCUUAAAGAAAAAAACAAGCAAACCCAAAAGGCAUGUGGGAGACUCCCCAAACAUAUGGAAGAAGGUACUCUGGUCAGAUGAGACUAAAAUUGAGCUUUUUGGCCAUCAAGGAAAACGCUAUGUCUGGCGCAAACCCAACACCUCUCAUCACCCUGAGAACACCAUCCCCACAGUGAAGCAUGGUGGUGGCAGCAUCAUGCUGUGGGGAUGUUUUUCAUCGUCAGGGACUGUAAAACUGGUCAGAAUUGAAGGAAUGAUGGAUGGUGCUAAAUACAGGGACAUUCUUGAGGGAAACCUGUUUCAGUCUUCCAGAGAGUUGAGACUGGGACGGAGGUUCACCUUCCAGCAUGACAAUGACCCUAAGCAUACUGCUAAAGCAACACUUGUGUGGUUUAAGGGAAAACAUUUAAAUGUCUUGGAAUGGCCUAGUCAAAGCCCAGACCUCAAUCCAAUUGAGAAUAUGUGGUAUGACUUAAAGAUUGCUGUACACCAGCAGAACCCAUCCAAUCCAGUUUUGCCUUGAAGAAUGGGCAACAAUCCCAGUGGCUAGAUGUGCCAAGCUUAUAGAGACAUACCCCAAGAGACUUGCAGCUGUAAUUGCUGCAAAAGGUGGCUCUACAAAGUAUUGACUUUGGGAUGGGGGUGAAUAGUUAUGUACGCUCAAGUUUUUUUGUCUUAUUUCUUGUUUGUUUCACAAUAAAAAAUAUUUAGUAUCUUGUGUAAAUGAAAUGAUACAAACCCCCCCCAAAUCAAUUUUGAUUCCAGGUUGUAAGGCAAAAAAAAUAGGAAAAAUGCCAAGAGGGGGGGGGGGGGGGGACUUUCGCAAGCCACUGUAUGUAGGCAGUAAGAGGGGGCCUAAACUCACAGUAUGUAAAGGUCAUGUAUUUAGAAGUGAACAAGCAAGUUCUCAUCCGUCUGUCUGAACCCUAGAAAUAUAAUCUCUAGAUUCUAUUAAAAUGGUCUGAAUGACUCUGAUUAGAUGAGACUUAGGGCGGCAGGUAGCCACUGUUAGAGCUGCAGGUAGCGGUGAGAGCGUUGAGCUAGCAACCGAAAGGUCGCUUGUUUGAAUACUCAAGCCGAUCAGGUGAAAAAUCGGUCAAUGUGCCCAUGAGCAAGGCACUUAACCCUCAUUUGCACCAGGGGUGCCAUACUUCUAUGGCUGACCCUGUAAAACAACACAUUUCAGUGCACCUAUCCAGUGUAUGUGACAAUAAAACAUAAUUUCUUUAAUGUUUUGUUCAUAUGCAUAUUUUUGGAACUGAGACCCUUACACAUGCGCACUCUUUCUCACACACAGACACACACAGCCACUUGCACUUCCUUCCUUUGUGUAACGCUCAGGGGACUUCUGCAUGCUCUGUUUCCGUCUGUCCACAUCGUUCUCUUGUUUUUCUCUUUCGGUCUCUUCUCUUGCUGCCUGUUUUUCAUGUUCUCUCUCGCUUCUCUUUCUCGCUCUCUGUCUCUAUCUCUCGGUCUCUCGCUGCCUGUUUUACAUGUUCUCUCUCUCUCUCGCUCGGUCACGCUCUCUCUCUCUCGCUCGGUCACGCUCUCUCGCUCGGUCACGCUCUCUCUCUCGCUCGGUGUCUCUCUCUCUCGCUCGGUGUCUCUCUCUCUCUCUCGCUCGGUGUCUCUCUCUCGCUCGGUGUCUCUCUCUCGCUCGGUGUCUCUCUCUCUCUCGCUCGCUCGGUCUCUCUCUCGCUCGGUCUCUAUCUCUCUCUCUGAGUUUUCUAUUCUUCGUGCCCACAGGCUUACACAACAGAGCUACGCACGUGCACUACCCAAGAGCUGUACCGUAUCUCCACCAAGCAAUACAAGAUCACUUUUAAUAACGAAAUCAGUCACUGGUGCAUGAAAACAUGUAUCUAAUGUCGAUCACCCGUUUUUAGAGUUCAGAUUUGUCCUUUAAAAUGUUAGGAGGUAUUUGUGGAAAAGACCUAGGUUGAAAUGUGUUGAACUCUUUAUGUAUGUGUUGUUGGUGCAGUGGUCACAAAAUGUCAGUUAGAUUUUUGUUUACGCUGUAUUGUAUGUUAAAAACCCAGUGCAGUCAAAAACGUGAUUUUCCUGUGUUUUAUAUAUAUUUCCUCACUGACGUUAAUAAUAAUACGGUGAUAUUGUGAAAAUGAAGACAAUGCCCUAUUAGUGUGAGAGCUGUUUAAAAAGACCACCUGAAAUUUCUGCCUGUUUUGGUGGGAUGGAGUUAGGCCUGCCUAGUGACAUCACCAGGCAGUAAAUUAGUUAAUAGACCAAUGAGAGAGUUCCCAACCUCCCUGCCAAUAACAGCUAGUUUUCAGUUUUCCCUCCCACUCACACUCCUAGACAGUCCUAGCAAAAUUAUUGCUUGAUAAAUUGCUCUUUGCUAAGAAGCAAUUUAGUUUAUUUUGACCAUUUUAAUUGAAAACAAUCACAGUAAGGCACUACAUUUUUACUGAGAAAUUAUUUGAUAUUGAAAUAAAAAGGUCUUUAUUGGACCUUUUUUAAGUAACUCAAGUUAAACGUUUUGUAUGUGGAAUGCUAUGAUUUGAUACAGUACUGUAUGUGCUAUGUGUUGUUGGUUUAUCUGACCCACAACAGGAAGGAGAGUGAAUAUGCAGUAGCGGUGCAUUGGUAAAAUCACUGGGGAAGCCAUGCCUAAAAAAAACAUUACAACCUAUGUGUUGUGAUAAUUGCAUUGUUUGCUCUAUAACCUGUUAGUUCAUAUGCCUUGAGACCAUGAUAUAUAUGCAGUGAGGGGAAAAAAGCAUUUGAUCCCCUGCUGAUUUUGUACGUUUUCCCACUGACAAAGAAAUGAUCAGUCUAUAAUUUUAAUGGUAGGUUUAUUUGAACAGUGAGAGACAGAAUAACAACAAAAAAAUCCAGAAAAACGCAUGUCAAAAAUGUUAUAAAUUGAUUUGCAUUUUAAUGAGGGAAAUAAGUAUUUGACCCCUCUGCAAAACAUGACUUAGUACUUGGUGGCAAAACCCUUGUUGGCAAUCACAGAAGUCAGACGUUUCUUGUAGUUGGCCACCAGGUUUGCACACAUCUCAGGAGGGAUUUUGUUCCACUCCUCUUUGCAGAUCUUCUCCAAGUCAUUAAGGUUUUGAGGCUGACGUUUGGCAACUCGAACCUUCAGCUCCCUCCACAGAUUUUCUAUGGGAUUAAGGUCUGGAGACUGGCUAGGCCACUCCAGGACCUGAAUGUGCUUCUUCUUGAGCCACUCCUUUGUUGCCUUGGCUGUGUGUUUUGGGUCAUUGCCAUGCUGGAAUACCCAUCCACUACCCAUUUUCAAUGCCCUGGCUGAGGGAAGGAGGUUCUCACCCAAGAUUUGACAGUACAUGGCCCCGUCCAUCGUCCCUUUGAUGCAGUGAAGUUGUCCUGUCCCCUUAGCAGAAAAACACCCCCAAAGCGUAAUGUUUCCACCUCCAUGUUUGACGGUGGGGAUGGUGUUCUUGGGGUCAUAGGCAGCAUUCCUCCUCCUCCAAACACAGCGAGUUGAGUUGAUGCCAAAGAGCUGGAUUUUGGUCUCAUCUGACCGUAACACUUUCACCCAGUUCUCCUCUGAAUCCUUCAGAUGUUCAUUGGCAAACUUCAGACGGCCCUGUAUCUGUGCUCUCUUGAGCAGGGGGACCUUGCGGGCGCUGCAGGAUUUCAGUCCUUCACAGCGUAGUGUGUUACCAAUUGUUUUCUUGGUGACUAUGGUCCCAGCUGCCUUGAGAUCAUUGACAAGAUCCUCCCGUGUAGUUCUGUGCUGAUUCCUCACCGUGCUCAUGAUCAUUGCAACUCCACGAGGUGAGAUCUUGCAUGGAGCCCCAGGCCGAGGGAGAUUGACAGUUCUUUUGUGCUUCUUCCAUUUGGGGGGCUGUUUCGGAUGCUUUAUCCGGUGAGAGACCACAUUCAGCCUUUUGCGAAUUGAAGGAAAAUUAUGAAACACAGACAAACAAUUAAUUAUUAAUUAUUUUUCUUGGUAAAUGUUUAGGGGAAGCCUGGCUUCCCUUGACAUCCAUGAAUACAUGCCACAGUGAAUAUGUCUGCUUGAGGAAGAUGACUCAAAGUGAAUGAGCAGUUAUGCCACAACGGAUAGGUGUGUGUGUAUGUGAUAGAGAGAGGUGGAGAAUGGAAGAACGAGAUCGAUUAUCAUGCCAUGACGUUAUUCUACUUGUUUGUUUUUUUCUCAUCUCUAACAUUAUUCUCCCCCCCACCCCCCCCCAUCUUCAACAGACUCUUGCUUGCCCUCUUUCAAUCUCCCCCUACACUCUUUUCUCCUCUCUCUUUCUCCCUCGGGAGAAGAGAUUCUGCCUGCUGCUCGUUAGUGCUCCUAGCCAAUCUGCAUUUUUAAUUAGCAGUUAUUGCUUCUGCUUAAUAUUCCUACCCGGGCCAAAUGGGAAUCCUUACAAAAAAGAUGGAGAGUGAAAGAAAGAGCGAAUGAGAAACCGUCUGGGUAUUGUGUUUCCCUCCAGGACCCCGAGACAAAAGCCCCCCCUCGGGGAGAGAUUUGGGGGGGGGGGGUGGGUCUGAAGCACAAUCCAAGGGGUGACAUAUUUUUGUGGUGUUUCUCGACCCACAUUGCUACAUCCUUUUUGAUCUUUGUCCCGCUUUCCUUAUCUUAUCAACUUCUCUCCUACUCUACUCAUCUCUUCAGGCUAAGUUAAAGGAUGUAUCCACCAUGUCUCCUAUCCUCUCCAGGCAGAGAGAGGGAGAAAAAGAGUUGCUUUCUCUUUCAUAUUAUCUCUCCUCCCCCGCCAGUAAAAUACAGAAGGAUUUUGACUUCAGGAAACAUGAAAGCGGCUUAUACCAGAGUCAGCUUUGAACCUUUACAAAAAAUAGAACUGUUUUCCCCCUCAAUUUGAGGAUCUUCUUUCCAAUUUAGAUUUAUGCAGAAAGGCCUCAUUUGUCAAGCCGGCUGAGUCAGUCCCUGAUUUACAUAAAGCCUUCGUUUUCUCAGUUCCGCUAAUUAGCAAUUUGCAGCUUAAUUGGAGAGUGGCUCUCGGUUAAGAGACAGCUAACUACGUUUAAAAAUAAUGUCUCUAAAAACUACCCAUCUCCCCUUUCUGCUGGCCUCAGUCUCUGUCAUUCAUCUCUCGCCUACUUCUGGUCCAAUCAACAGCCUUCGCUAUCUCCGUGUCCAUCUCUCCUUGGCUUCUGUCUCAAGAAGGAAGAUAAGGCAGGAAGAAUGCAUUUUUAAAAGUAUUUCAACUUCAGACUACCUUGUCCUGUAGACUUGACCCAAAGAGUGUUCAGUAUCUUCCCUCUUGCUGUAGUCACUCAUUCUUCACUGAAUAAACAGGUUUAGUGUAUCUCUGCACCUAACCACUGCCCUAACCAGACUGCCUUUUCGUGCUGUGUUCCUUUUGUAUUCUCAGUAUUCUGCUAUCACAGCCUGGCUACCCACAAUCGUUCCUACUGUCUGAUGUGUGCUGUUUUAAUAAAACCUAUUGAGAUCCCUUACAUUUUUCAGGUCAAGAAAAUGUUUCCGCUAAUGCCUUUUGGCUUGCUUACUAACUGUUUGUGUUGUUUCUGUAGCAGAAGAACCGUCCUGCUUCACCUGCCAGCUGUGUGAGUGUGUGUUUCCCUCUGCCUGGGCCCUGCUCCAACACGCCCAGCACACACACUCCUUCAGUAUCUACCAGGAGGACGGAGAGAAGGAUGAGGAGAACAUGGGAAGAGGGGGUCACCAGUACUCCAAACCUGCAGCCACCUUGGAUCCCUGUCAACUGAGCCACACCCUGGCCACCGCCUUCCACCCUUCCGUUCUGCGUCUGCCCCGCAUCUUCCGUCCACGGCAGAACCACAGGCCAGCUUCUCAGGCCAGCUCCACCCCUUCCUCCAGAGAACGACAGGCCCUCAACUUCUGUCUGAGAGAGCUGGCUGAGGGCAGUAACACCACCGCUGGAGGUCUGGUCUCCUCUCCGUCGCCAUCCCCCCCGGCCGUCUCUUCCUCCCCCCAGUGUGGGCCCGUCCAGGCGGGGUUUCCCUGUGAGCUGUGUGGCCAGGGCUUCCAUUCCCUACGCAGCCUGUCAGCCCACCGCAGGACCCACGCAUGUGAGCGGCCCUACCACUGUGGCUUGUGUGACCAGGCCUUCGCCCAGAGUGGUCAGCUGGCUCGCCACAUGAGGAGUCACCGCAGAGAGACAGGCGUGGGUGGAGGAGGGGGCUACGAGGGGGUGGGGCUGGUAGGGGAGGAUGAGGGGGGUCGGCAGGGGAUGAGAGGGAGGUUUGUAAUGCAGGGGGCAGGAGAGGGGAUGUUGAGUAGAGGACCAGGGGAGAGGGAGACCUCUGAGUUGGACCUAUCCCUGUCCAAGCAUCACUCCCCAGGCUCUGGGCUGAUCCUGCUCUCCUCCCAGCCUGGAGGUCCAGACAUGAGCCUGCUCAGGCUGUUCCAACCCCAGGGAGAAGUGGUGGAGGAUGAGGUGGAGGGACAAGAGGAGCCCCAGCACGCGUCCCCCUGCGCCAGCCCCUCAGAGGGGUUCACUGGAAAGCGGAGAGACGGGGGGCAGCGGGGAGAGUGGCAUUGCCAGCGGAAACUGCACCCCCAAACAGCCGGAGAGGGAGGACAGGGCUCAGGUAGGGGGGGAGUGGGAGAGCGAGAGGGACGGAGAGAUUGCGGAUGGAGAGAAGGAGUGGCUUGCAGGCGGAAACCGCAAGGUGGUCCAGGAGUGGCAGAGGGAGAGCGAACAGAGGGGAGGAGGAGGAAACAGCGUCAUCAGCAGUAACAGUGGUAACAACGACGUGGGGUCAGGGAAGAAGAAGAAGGAGGAGGCCUGUGAGUACUGUGGGAAACAUUUCCGGAACAGCAGCAACCUGACGGUGCACCGGCGCAGCCACACGGGAGAACGACCCUACCAGUGCGGCCUGUGCAGCUACGCAUGUGCCCAGAGCUCCAAGCUCACACGCCACAUGAAGACCCACGGCUCCCACGGGGCCCGUGCCCCGUUCCUGUGCCAGCUGUGUGGAGUGCCCUUCACUGUGUAUGCCACCCUGGAGAAACAUCUGAAGAAGGUGCACGGGCUGAGCCAUGCCAGCGUCGGGACCUACACACAGGCCAGCGCAGCUGAUGCCAACUGGGCCCUUGUCAAAAUGGAUGAUGGGGUGGUCAUCAAGAUGGAGGAGGAUGAAGCCAGUACGGACCAGACAGAAAACAACAUGGCUGCCAUGGAGGAGAUGGGAGUGGAGGCUGAGGAGAACCUGAAAGGGAAGGUGGAUGGUACUGUGAGCCCAGCCAUAGUGGAGGAUAGUGUGGGUGAGCUUCCUACUGAAGGCAGUGCGGACGUGGGCUUGGCAUAA